AUGUCGUGGAGCGGGAUUGCCCGAAUUCCGAGGUCUAUAAUACAAAUCCGAGGAGUAGACGCAUCGAAGUUUCUUAAUGGACUCAUCACGACCAGGCUUUUGCCCAAUGUGGUGAAGAAAAAGCAGCAUACUAUCAGUGACAAUGAAAACAGGCACUUAGAGCUUCAGGAGGUUAUAAACCCUGAAAAGAACUGGGGACUCAUGCAUGAGGAUAUCUACGAUCCGGAUUGCAAUAUUUUUGUACGCCGAGACGGUGUGCUGUCGAUGUUUCUCAAUUCCAAAGGCAGAGUCGUGAAUGACUGCUUUGUCUAUGCUAAUCCGUACCACACACUCACUGAUGCAUUCAAAAAAAGCAUAGAGGAACCCAAUUUUUUGAUUGAGAUUGAUCCAAUGUAUGUUUCUGCGCUACAGACGCUUCUACGCAUGCACAAGCUCAGUGCAAGAGUCAAGAUCGAGCCAAUCAAGGAGAUCUUCUCAUAUUACUACUACAACGAGACGCCCGAGUUUGAGGAGUGGCUAGAGGACUUCCAGGGACAGUACUUGACGACAGGCGACCCAGAAGGUGCUUUGGAAAAUGCCAAUAAGGUCGUUGAGGAAGAGCUCAUAUUCAACAAGGCAUUUGCACCCAACGUGACUGGAUUUGCCAUCGACAACAGAAUACCCGAUUUUGGGCUCAAGGUGCUAACGACCGAGGAGGCUCAAGAUCCAGCGGACAUUUUCUCGGACUCCUUCAAGCAGCUUUUCGAGGUUAAGGAAGUGCUGCCUCGCCAAAUCACCGAUAGGAGGUAUACUAAUGGGCUUUUUGAGACCGCCGAUGCCCCCAAGGGCAUGUCGCUUUUGCCAUUCGAGUGCAAUUUGGAUUACAUCAACGGCUUGAGUCUUGAAAAGGGCUGUUACGUGGGACAGGAGCUCACCAUCAGAACGUUCAACGGAGGAGUUAUCAGAAAGCGUGUGGUUCCGCUUACGUUCACGGCUGAUGAGGGCGAUUUGGCGAAACUCAGUGAAGCUGACGUCACGGAAGUGUCGCUUGAACCAGUUGCAGCUGAAGAACCAAAAACAGCGGCACCUUCGCCUUUUGAUAAUUCCAAGUCACCAUUUGAGAAGUCCAGCUCGCCAUUCGACAAGUCCAACACCCAGUCCAGCUCUCCAUUCGGCAGCUCAGGAAAAGCUCCUGCUCCCAGACGCAGCAAGGUUGGAAAACUUCUCUCAGUUCGAGGCAAAAUGGGUUUCGCAUUGGUCAACAUUGACAAGCUCAAAAAGGACGGACGCCUCAAGGUUCUGGUUCCUGGCAUUUCCAAGGCUCUAGACGCCACAGCGCAUAUACCCGAAUGGUGGCCCGAGGAGGAGUAG